GAACCCCACGAGCAGCCAGAAAAAGCAGAAAUAUCGACAAUCACACCCCACUUUCACACCCCCUAUUCCAGGGCCACGUAUAAGGCAUCUUGCUCUGGUGUCGGUAAUGGGUGUCAGAGUGGGUUCAAUUGAAUCAAAUAGGUUUGGAAGUGAAGGGAAAGGGAUGCAAAAGCAGCAGUGGAAGAGGAAGGGAAAGAGGAGGAGAAGUAGAGAAGAGAAGCAAAGCAAAGAAGAAGAAGAGAAGACGCAUUUUUCCCCCUCAGUCUCUACCCCCGAAAUUUCUCAUAUUUAGUUUUAGGUCCCUCCUCUCUCUCCUCUCUUUCUCAAGGUUUUCGAGCUCGUGGGCUAGUCCUCCAUCUCCUGUGACCUUAGCUUGUUUGGGUUAGGGUUUCUCUCCUUCGUAAUGCGCUGCCCGUCGGCGAUGGAACGCCGCCGGGAGGUGGCUGCGGGAGCUCUAGUCUUUGCCCUCCUCUUCCUUGUCGUCGCGGUGGCGGAGGACGCGCGCGCCUCCGAGAGGCAGGCUCUUCUCCAGUUCAAGGCCGCCGUCUCCUCCGACCCCGCCGGAUUCCUCCGUGGAUGGUCCGACGUCUCCCCCGGCUCCGACGCUUGCUCCUGGCCCGGCGUCUCCUGCGACGCUGGAUCCAGGGUAGUGGGGCUCAAUAUAUCGGCCAAAGGUGGCGCCUUUUUCCCUUCUUGCGGCCGGUCGGGGCCGCUGUGGAAGAGUUGCCCGGAUCUCGCACGGAGGCUGGCCGGAAAGCUGAGCCCCGCACUGGGGAAGUUGGUGGAGUUGAGGGUUCUUUCGCUUCCUUUCCAUGGCUUUGAUGGUGAGAUACCCGGUGAGAUCUGGGAACUGGAGAACUUGGAGGUCCUCGAUCUUGAGGGGAACUCGCUGUCCGGCUGCCUUCCCUCCCGAUUCAUGCGCGGCUUGCGUGUGCUCAAUCUGGCCUCCAAUCUGCUCCAAGGUGAGAUUCCACGCUCGCUCUCAAGCUGCACGCGUUUAGAAACCCUAGACCUCUCCAGCAACCAGUUCAAUGGCACGAUCCCUGGGUUCCUUGGUGACUUUCCCAAGCUGAGAGAGCUAUCUCUGUCUUUUAACCGGUUCACUGGUGCGAUUCCUGAUGAGCUUGGAGCUGGUUGCCAGAGUCUGGAGCAUCUUGACCUGUCGGCGAAUCUUCUAGCUGGUAGCAUUCCUGGUGGCUUGGGGAAUUGCAAUGAGCUUCGGUCCCUGUUGCUAUUUUCCAAUUUGUUAGAUGAUGUUAUUCCUUUAGACCUUGGCCGGUUGACAAAGCUUCAAGUUUUGGAUGUUUCAAGGAACAGCUUGAGUGGCUCUGUACCUGUGGAGCUGGGAGGCUGUGUCGAAUUAUCUGUUCUUGUUCUUUCUAAUCCAUACUAUCCGAUGACCAGUUUUGAUAACUCGAGCUAUGCUGAUAUCGAUGAUUUCAACUAUUUUCAAGGUGGAAUUUCUGAGAGCAUUACGACCCUAUCGAAGCUUAGGAUCCUCUGGGCUCCAAGGGCGACACUGGAAGGUGAGAUUCCCAACAGUUGGGGUACUUGUGAUAGCUUAGAAAUGGUUAACUUAGGUGAAAAUAUCUUCACUGGGCGGAUCCCAAAAGUGUUUGGGCAGUGCCACAAUCUUAAAGUUCUUAACUUGAGCUCAAACAAGUUGACUGGCUGGCUGAGUGAGGAGCUUCCUGUGCCUUGCAUGGAUAUCUUUGAUAUUAGUGGGAAUCAGUUGUCUGGCUCCAUUACGAGGUUUGUCCCAAAAGCAUGCUCGUCAUCCCAGUUCCGGCUUGAUGAUCUGUUCUCCGCAUACUUUUCGUAUUUUUCAUAUUGGAGUCAAGCUGGAAUCUCCUUGCUUACGUAUGAAUUCGAUGGUGAAAUCACAGUAUAUCAUAAUUUUGGUGGGAACAAUUUUACCGGUAAUCUAGCAUCUCUACCACUUCAAGCUGACAGAUUGGGAAAGUCGAUGGUUUAUGCCUUUCUGGCUGAUGAUAAUAAUCUUGUCGGGACAUUAGCAGAUGUUCCUUUCAAUACAUGCAAGGAUUUGAAUGGAUUGAUCAUUGACUUCAGCAACAACUUCAUUUCUGGUGCAAUUCCAACAGAAAUUGGGUCCAUGUGCAAAUCUCUUGUAGUGUUUGAUAUUGCUGGGAACCGAAUUACAGGUGUGAUUCCUCAGAGUAUUGGAUCGUUGAGCGGUCUUGUUGGAUUGGACUUGAGCAGGAACCAUAUUCAGGGUGAGAUGCCAGCAAGUUUGGAGAAUUUGAAACAUUUGCAGGUUCUGUCCUUGGCCAAAAACAACCUCGGUGGUUUCAUCCCUGCUGGCUUGGGUCAGUUGUAUGCUCUCAAGGUGCUGGAUCUUUCCUCCAACUCUAUCUUAGGAGAGAUUCCUGGUGGUCUUGCCAAUUUGAAGAGUCUCACUGUCCUUCUUCUUAAUAAUAAUAAACUCUCCGGAAAUAUUCCUUCUGGUUUUGCUAACAUAACAUCGCUCUCGAUGUUUAAUUUGUCAUUCAAUAAUUUGUCAGGGCCAUUACCUUUGAAUGAUAGCACCAUUCAAUGUGAUAGUGUUCUUGGAAACCCUUUGCUCCAGUCUUGUCAUGUAUCUACUCUCUCUGUUCCUCCAUCUGACAAUCAGGGGGAUGCUGGGGAUUCACAAGCAUCUAAUGAUUCACCACCUGGAAGCCCACCAAGUGAUAGCAGCAACAGAGGGUUCAAUUCUAUUGAGAUUGCUUCCAUAGCAUCAGCAGCAGCCAUUGUUUCAGUCCUUUUAGCACUGAUUGCCCUCUACAUAUACACCAGAAAAUGUGCGCCAAGAUUUGCAGGUCAGUCUUCAAGAAGAAGAGAAGUCAUGAUUUUCAUCGACAUCGGGGUUCCUAUAACUUAUGAGAGUGUUGUGCGAGCCACUGGGAAUUUUAAUACAAGCAACUGCAUUGGAAGUGGAGGCUUUGGAGCCACAUACAAGGCUGAGAUUUCACCUGGAGUUGUGGUGGCUAUAAAGAGACUCUCAGUAGGGAGGCUCCAAGGUAUUCAGCAGUUCCAUGCAGAGAUUAAAACCCUUGGGAGGUGGCGCCACCCAAAUCUUGUUACUUUAAUAGGCUAUCAUGUCAGUGAGGCAGAGAUGUUUCUCAUAUAUAAUUAUUUGCCUGGAGGAAAUCUUGAGAGAUUUAUACAGGAGAGGGCUAAAAGACCUGUUGAUUGGAGGAUGCUCCAUAAAAUUGCUUUAGACAUUGCAUGCGCACUUGCUUACCUGCAUGACCAUUGCAUACCUCGUAUCCUACAUCGGGAUGUUAAGCCAAGCAACAUUUUAUUGGACAAUGAUUAUAAUGCUUAUCUCUCGGAUUUUGGUUUGGCAAGGCUUCUUGGGAAUUCUGAAACCCAUGCAACUACUGGUGUUGCUGGGACUUUUGGGUAUGUUGCCCCAGAGUAUGCAAUGACUUGUCGUGUUUCUGACAAGGCUGAUGUAUACAGCUAUGGUGUAGUGCUGAUGGAGCUGAUUUCAGAUAAGAAAGCCUUGGAUCCCUCAUUCUCUCCUUAUGGAAAUGGUUUCAAUAUUGUUGCAUGGGCAUGUAUGCUGCUUCGCCAGGGCCGUGCUCGUGAGUUCUUCACUGAGGGGCUGUGGGAUAUAGCUCCACAUGAUGAUUUGGUAGAGACAUUGCACUUGGCUGUCAUGUGUACUGUUGAUACACUUUCAGUCAGGCCCUCAAUGAAGCAAGUUGUACUACGGCUAAAGCAGCUUCAACCCCCAACCUGCUAGCAUCGAUAUCACAAGCAUGAUUAACCCAUUCAUCCUUGGCAAGGAUUAUUCUAUAAGAGUCAGAGGCAUGCUGUUCAAAGUAAAUCUAUGAAGGCAUCCUUUCUAUGUUUGGAAGAAUUGAAGGUUCUAUGUAUUUUGGACCUGCUAUACUAUUCGAGGAGCUUGUGCUUCCUUUGGAUAUGCCAUUUGUUCCAUUUUCCACAUCAUGAACAAGUUUUGAAUGACAUGGGAGGUAUUAUGUGCCACUUUAUGCGGACAUUGUAUUUCUCUAGUUUUUUUCUUUUAAAUUAAGAAAUGAAAUAUCUCCAUCAGAUGACAACAUUGAAGUUUUGAAUGUACGGGUGCAGGCAAUGCAGCUAUGUGCUCGUUAAAUUUUGCUUGUUCCAAAGCGGGUAAAUGAGAUAGAAUAAGACUUUAGUCUCACAUGCAUACUAAGUAGUUAUAUGAACAUCAUCUAUAUUUCCCCCAUGUUUUAUUUUAAUUUGCAUGUUUAUGUAUGUAUUACUACAUUAAGGAUUAGUUACCAUUGCAUUCAGUCUCUAUCUCAUUUUAUUCAUUUUGAGAUUCCAUAAUAGCUUAUAUAGUAUGUACAUGGGCACAACUUUGAUUCCAUAAUAGCUUAUAUAGCUUAUAAUGUCUUAAUUAAAUACUUAAAAAUAAGUACAUUGUCAGUUAUUGGUUAUACGGGUAUGGGAAGUACAUGGUCGUUAUCUUGAUUCUUUGUGCUUAACUACAGAAGCAAAAAUUGACAAGUAGUCAUAAAAUGCCUGCAUGCUCUUUACAGAAAUGACAAUCAUAUGUGGCACACAUGACAUAUCUCAUCUGUUGGAGAUACAACAGCACCGUUCUCUUAUAUUAUGGCGGAUCAGCUUUGACAAAGUUAAUGCGCUUUUUCAUCUGAAACAAUGAUAUCAAAUUUGUUGUAGUAUUUAUAAGUUAAUUUUGUUGCAUAUAUUUGUUACAAUUUGAUAAGGCAUUCUACACAAGGCUUAAUUUUCUUUUUAGCAUCAUAACACAUGAGCUGCAUAUAAUGCUAAUACAUUUCUAUUUAAGUUGACUCAUGUAGAUGAUAUGGAACGUGUAAAUAAGUAUAUACUGCUAUUUUUAACUCUAUAGUUUUUCUAGUCAAGGAUGUUUACUUAUGGAGAACCUAUGGUCUAAAACCUCUAUGUUGGAAUAUAUCCGAAUCAGAGGUUUGAACCAUAUCGUGUUAUUCCAAAACCAACCCGGCAUGUUUUCAUUUGACACCCAUUCCAAAACGAGAAAUGAUAACUAUUUAGUUUCCAUUUUCAUUGUAGGACUGGCAAACUUGGAGUUCUGGCAUUUUCCUGUCACUAUAAUACCAUGGUGUAAAAUCUACUUCCAGUGCAAAUUUUAGUUAGCAAUUUUACUUGUCCCUAUGGAUGGAAUCUCUCUGGUUUGAGUCUAAUUUCAUGGAAGUUUUUUUUUUUUUUUUUUU